AUGAACAAGUGUAGCAUUGACCAUAGAGGUGAUGAGUGUUUCAGACCAAGAUCAAUUGGCGCUCAAAACAAACACGUUAGAUUAUGUGCGACGAAAACAGGUCCUUUAUGCGAAAAUAGCAAGAAGGCUGAGGUUGCGGCUACGGCUGCUAUUUUCCAAUCAUCAGAAGAAGAUGCUGAUCUAUGUAAAAAGUUUGGUAACGAUAGAGAGUCCAUGUGGUUGUCUUCUGAUUGUCCAUCACCUUCUGCCUUUUUCAGAGAGUAUAGGUGGUUCGAUUCAUUUCAUUCAAAUGAAUUGUUGUUACCUUCGUGGUUGGCAUUGCUGGCAAGAACAAAUCCGAAGGAAGAGCCAUCGAGUUUGCAUAUUGAUCGGAGAUAUGAAGACAAUAAUUUACACGAAUGUUCGGAGGAUGAAAAUGCAAGAGUUGGUAACUCUUCAACUCCUCUAGAUUUUGAGAGAAUAGGUUACCUUUUUUCGUUGUUAAAUCUCGAUGGAGAAGAUUACAAAUUGACACCGGGUACAGAUUCAAAGUCGGAUUGUCUUCUGUCUGAUUUUCCCAAUCCAUUGUACAAAAGUAGUUGUUGGGGUCAUGAAUUUCAGUCAUCUAAUUCUAGUGUAUCUACACCCAGUGAAGCACAAACUGAAAUAUCAUCAGGAUGUGAUUUUUCGUCAGAACAUGCUUCUGAAGCUGAAGCUUUGGAAGAUCUAACUACUGCUGAUGAACCGCUUUUCUGGCCAUUUGAGCGGAGAACUGAUUGGAAUUCAGAAGCAACCUGGAAUUACUUUUCCAUGUCACCCCGGAAGGGCAUAAGUAUAACAGCUUCUGGAACUCGACCAGAUUCCAUUCCGUUAGAACACCAUGAUAGGAACAUGGAUGUCGAAGACGGGCAAGGGGUAAGACUAGCUUUCAGCUCAGGAUCAGCAGCAUCGAAGAUUAUGAAAUUGAAGCAAAAAUACAAGGGUGUCCAGCGGACUAAUACUUUGCCUUCAAGGUUGAGCAGGGCAAAAGGUUCUGAGAAAAUUGUACCUUUAGAUACCAAAUAUUAUGCUGUAGAAACCGAAAAUGGAAAAUUUCAUGUCAGCGAGCCAGUUGGUGUGGUUAACGAUCGCAUAGAAGAAGAUUUUGCGUCGAAAGAAGUUCCAAUUGAGAUGUUCUUGGGUCUUACUGAGUUCGAUGGACACGAGAGAGUUGAUUCAGAAUUCAAUGAACAUGACUUCUCGCUACAUGUGUCUCUUUGUUCGUUCGACUGUAGAACGUUUCUCAUUGCGUAGAUGAAUGAACCACAAAGUGAAACUCUGGACGAUGAUAACAGUCAUGGUCAGUCUUUUAACUGGCCUGAAAGUAUCACCUGACAAUUGAAGUCCAACGCGAAAAGGGUCACAUCUCAUCCAGUUAUCGAUCUUUCAGCAACUUCCGCACACUCAACUUAGUUGUAGGUUGUUUACAUUUCACUGUAAUCCCUAUUGCUUCAUUCUCUUUUCUUGUUCAUUAGCUUUGCGAGAAUUUUUCGGCUCAAAAUCGUUUGAAGCCUGUCAACUAGUAAGCAGAUACCAUACUUGUCUCCCCAUGUCUCCAAUCUAUAUGUACUUCUGGUUUGAUGAAUCCGUGUAGGACAACGAUUAAACUACUAGAGAUAUAGUUUAUAAUUCAAAGACUACGACAACAACUCCUGAUGGGAUUUGGUUUAACGCGCAGAAGCUAUAGACUUGCUGUCCUGGUCAGUGUCGGAUUGAGGCGCAGCAGCCACGCUUGUCUUACCAUUAUGUCGGUGGUUCCAAAGCCAUAGGGACCUGCCCGGUGACCUCAACACCGAGAAUUUCUGGUCACUGGACUCGACACAACACUACGGUGUUAUUCCACCCCCUCCCGACUUUCUAAUUAACAGAUUGUCGUGUCGAAGUGUCUUCUAUUGUGCUGUAGUGUGAACGUGAAAGCAGUUCUGGCUGUUGAGAUUUAGAGAGGAAGGAGACAAUCCUACGUUCGACGUAGCGGAAAAGUUUCAGAA